UCCCUCUCUCUCUCUCUCUCUCUGUCUGCUUCGGAGACUCUCUUCCUCAUAUCGUCUUCUUUCUGCUUCUUCAAAAACCAGCCAUGGUGACACCAGAGAGGGGUCUUUCUAGGGCUUUGAAUGUCACCACCAUAGGGUCUGCUUCGUCUGAACAGACCUUAGUUCUGGCUCAUGGCUUCGGCACAGACCAGUCUAUUUGGGAGAAAAUUGUGCCUCUCUUGACCCCUCACUAUCGUCUCGUUCUCUUCGAUUGGCCCUUCUCCGGCGCCGUCCACGACCCGACCACCCGAUAUAGCCCCGAAAAGUACGACUCCUUCCAAGCUUUCGCCGACGAUUUGAUCGAUCUCAUGACGGAGAUGGACCUCAAAGCCGUCACUUUCGCCGGCCACUCCAUGUCCGCCAUGAUCGGUUGCAUUGCCUCCGUUACGCAGCCUCACCUCUUCAAGAAGCUCAUCCUCGUGUGUGGUUCCCCAAGAUAUUUAAACACAGAGGGAUAUGAAGGUGGGUUUACAGAGAAAGACAUUAAGCAAUUACUGACAUCCAUAGAGACCAACUAUGAGGAUUGGGUUUACAGCUUCUCUUCGAUGGCGAUCGAUCCAAACGAUGCCGUUUCGAGGGAGAAGUUCCAGAAGAGCUUGCUGAGAAUGGGAGGCGAAACGGCACUACCACUGGCCAAGACAGUGUUUCUUAGUGACAAUAGAGAGUGGCUUGAGAAGGUUGAGAUCCCCUGCACUGUGAUCCAGCCCUCUUAUGAUAUGGCCGUCCCACACAGUGUGGCUCUGUACUUAGCCAAGAAAAUUAAAGGCAAGUGUGAUUUGGAGGUCAUAGAAGCUGUGGGACAUUUCCCUCAAUUAACUGCACACCUUAAGCUUGUUGAGGUCCUCAAGGCUGCACUUUUAGAAUAGAUAAUUCUAUGUUCUUAAUUAUUAAUUGUGUGUGUAAUUAAUUAGUAUGUCAUUGUUUUAGGUGUUUUUCGUUUUUUUUGUUGUGUUGUAGAAAUAGAGUUCAUGUGUGGUUGUAGCGUACUUUUCUGUUGUGUGAAGAAAAAUUAUUAGUUUUCGUGA